AUGCAAUCCCAAGCAAAUCUCACCAACACCCAGGCCGAUGACCUAAUGGACGGCUUAGACCAGCCUCCUAACCCCCAGUUUUCCAACCACCAGGCUUCCGCCCCAGCCCUUGACACCAACGCGAUCAAUGCGAUCAUUGCUGACAGCUUGAAGCAACAAGCUGCGCAGUUUGAAACCAUCAUCAACGGCUUGAAGGAACAAGUUGAAGGCUUCAAAGACCUCGGUGGCUCGUCUAAGAGUAAGAAGAAUUCGACUUCCAAGUCGACUCCCAACCCGACUCCAAACACAUCAUCAACUCGAGAUCGCUUGAGGUCUCAAGCAUCAGCAGAUGCCUAUUCAACUCCUACCCCAGCCAGCAAAGUCCCACGCAAAUCUAAACGUUCUAGUCAGCCCCCACCACCAAAGCCCUCUACUCCACGCCGACGUCACCCAUUACAAGUAUUCUCAGACGAGCUCCCGGCAAAUUUCAAAACUACCAAGGACGCUCUGUUUGUCCACAUCAAGACGUUGUGGGGUUUAUUCAAAGCCAACGAUAUCCCCUCCCUCCCUGAUCCAAGCUUAUUAAAGGAGUUCGUUUCUAAGUUUAACACCGUAGACCAAGUUCAAGCGGCGGUCGAUGACCCUUCCAGUGGCGAUCUUGUGGCCAAAAACGAUAUUCAAACCUUGAAGGCUCUCCGUAGCGGUGGAAAGAUAGGCCGUGGUAUGAAUAAUCUGGAUCACAUUUAUAUCUUGUAUAUCCAUGGUAUUUUAGCUAAAGUUGGUAUCAGAGUGUGGGCUCCGGAUUUGACCGACUCGGCCGACUCGCUUUACAACUCAGCCUGCCGCAUCACUGCCCUCAACACGUUUCACCAAUUGAUGGGUUCUGGCGCUUACAAUCAUAUGAAUGUCAACCCCUUACACGCGGAAUCAUUGUCUCUUUGGAUUAAGGCUUAUAAUCACUAUGUUCACUACUGGAUGGCUGACAAGUAUAAGGUAGAGGCUAGGCAAGCUGGUAAGACUGCAGCUUUAAGCGCAAGGAAGGUCAUUCAAAAAAACAGGGAAAGGACCAUGCAAGUUCGUCUUGCUUACCUGGAUGCGAACAAGAACAAGAAAGGAUUUCCGAUGCGCUAUUUGCUUCUCUGCGCCAACGUCCUAGCUCACAGUGAUGACGAGGACGUUCCUGGCAAACCCUAUCGUGUCAUCAAAACGCUCUUGUAUCGAUCCAAGAACGCGAGCAAGUUCUUUCGACGCGUGGAUAUCGAAAUCAAGAAGGCUGCGUUGAUUGCAGGUGAGACUGUUCGCAGAAAAGAGCGACGUUUGCCCGUGGUUCCAAGCCCUUCAGUCUUUCAUAAAGCUCCAGUCAACCUACCAAUCGACUUUUACAACCCAACUUGGUUUAAACGUCUGAAUCCUGGUCAACGUAGGAUCAUUCCCAACGCAACCAAGGUCGCGUUUCUACCCGAUGCGGCCCAAUCUUUGCUUCCAGAACGCCAUCCGGACGAACUCAUCAGUGAUAAAGCCUUCAAUGCUAAGUACCUUGACAUCCUAUCCGAGCCCUACAAAGUCCCGGAAGACGAGGAAGAUGCGGAUGAUGAGAGCGACUCAAGCAAGGACAGUCAGGACUCGGAGACCGCUGACAUUGUGACUGACGAUGACGAGUCGGAUUUCUACUCUGAUGGUGAUUACGGUGAUUUGUAUGAUGAUGAGGCGGAGGUGGAUGAGGAUGAUAAUGACAUUGAUGAUGUUAGCUUCGUGUUAUGUGUUUCUCCGGCUCGGUGCUGGAAAAACAUUGAGAUCUCUGUACUGAAGGUUAUUAAGCUUCAAAAUGUCGCGUCCGCUCGCCCAGUACUGGCUGCAAUGACCAGGGAGCUUAAGAUAUACAAUAGGCGAUGGUUGGACUAUCCUGAAGGUGUUUGGAUGACAAUGACUCCUGAGGAAAAAGGUUCUGCUGCUGAUUUUGAAGUGUUCCCGAAUCGCUGGCUGCCCAAUGCGGAGAUUUCCUACAUUGAGUAG